GGUCUUCCUCCGUGUGUGUAUGUGUGUGUGUUUGGGGGGGGGUCUUCCUCCGCAACCCCAUGAAUUGCGUUUUUGCAGACCGGCGGCGGAGCCCACGGAGGUUUGGGCGAGCUCAGCUGUGGGAUUUUGUCCCCUGCGAGCCUCCAUUCUCCUUUCACCCGAUGUGGCGCCUAGGACUACAUGCCCAUCCCCCCCAACCCCCGGUUAAGUGCAAAGACUCAGAGUUUGGGUUCGCCGGGAACACAGAAAACAAGGCAAGACCUGGGGGUCCUGGCUAGAAGGAGGCCGUCCGCAUGCAUGAUGCCCGCCGGUGCCAAGCCCUGCGCCCAAUGCUGGGCAAAGGAAGGCAACACCGGCUUCUGCCCUCAGGGAGCUUCCAGUCUAACGGGCGGUGACACCGUAUCGUGUAAAUACGAGUCUAAAUUGGGGGAGAGAGCAAGUACUCCGAAAGGGGCAGCGCCGAGCACGGGCUCCCGCAGAAAGGAAACUGGGGCUCCUGGAAAGGAAACGCAGCCGCAGAGGGGGAAGGGGAAGAGGAAAGAGGGGGAGAGGGGAGGGGGAGACGCUUCCAGACGUUGGCAUGAGAUGGGAUUUCUCCAGAGCAUGCGCACAAGCCGCCCAGGCCUGAGAACUACUUUCCCAGAAGCCCCUGUAGUCAAAAAGGAAGGAGGGCGCCCGUGCCCAUGUGACCUGACUCCCUUCCCUCUUCCCUGCUCUGAUCCAGAAAUCAGGAAUUUCCGCAUCUCGAAGCCCCUCGGGCUGCUGCUCGCAGCGCCGUGCGGGCUCCAGCACCGGCUCACAGAUCCCGUCAGCAAGCCGCCAGUUGUCCAGUUCUGCCUUUGGAGGACCAUGCAUUUCUCUAAGACUGAGGAAGCCUGAGGAUGAAGGAAUGGCCCCUGUACUCUUGACUGCUAAGGCUCCCCAGCAGGAAUUGCUGACAUUCAAAGAUGUGGCUGUGGUCUUCACCCGAGAGGAAUGGGGGCAGCUGGUCCCUUCUCAGAAGGAGCUGUAUCGGGACGUGAUGCUGGAAAACUACCGGAACCUGGUCUGCCUGGGACUUACAGAUACCAAACCAGAUGUGAUUCACCAACUGGAGCAAAGACAAGUACUUUGGAUGCCAGGGAGAGAAGGCCCAAGAAGCACAGAUUCAGAGCUUAGCCCCCAAACGAAGCAAUCAGCUGCCAAGAAGGGCACCUCUGUGGCAAAAGCAUCUCAGAAAAGAUCCAGGAGACGUGCUGACUUUGUCACCAAGUUAGGAAACACCAGGGAAGAAGGUGACAGCUUAGAUAAACCAAAUCAUGAAGAGAAACCUUAUGAAUGUAAGCAUUGUGGGAAGGCUUUUCAACGGAGGACGGGACUUACUAAUCAUGAAAAAGUCCACAGAGGAAGCAAAUCUUUUAAAUGUAACGUCUGUGGGAAGGUUUUCCGUCGGAGCACACACCUUACUCGACAUCAGAGAAUUCACACUGGUGAGAAGCCUUAUGAAUGUAAAAGGUGUGGAAAGGCUUUCCAUAGGAGGACAGGACUUAAUGAACACCAAAAAAUUCACACUGGAGAGAAACCUUAUGAAUGUAAUACAUGUGGAAUGGCUUUUCGCUGGAACACAGGACUUCUCCGACAUCAGGCAGUUCAUUCUGGGGAGAAAUCUUAUGAGUGUAAUGUGUGUGGCUCGGCUUUCUUUGAGAGAAAAUCGCUUGUUCAGCAUCAAAGGAUUCAUACUGGAGAGAAACAUUAUGAAUGCAAAACAUGUGGUAUGGCCUUCUUCAAGAGGAAGUCCCUUACUCAACAUCAGCGACUUCAUACUGGAAAGAAGCCCUAUGAAUGCAAUACAUGUGGAAAGGCCUUCUUCUGGAAGACAGGCCUUAUUUGCCACCAAACAGUUCACACUGGAGAGAAACCUUAUGAAUGUAACAAAUGUGGUAAGGCCUUCUCUCGCAAGGCAGGACUUACCCAACAUGCGACAAUUCAUACUGGAGAGAAGCGCUACAAAUGUAAGAAGUGUGGGACAGCUUUUCGUCAGAGCACUCAUCUUGCUCAACAUCAGAGUGUUCAUGCUGAACAGAAACCUUAUAAGUGUCAUGAAUGUGGAAAGUCCUUCUCCCGGAAGACGGGACUUAAUCACCAUGAGAAAAUCCAUACUUGAGAGAAAAUUUAGGAAUGAAAUGUAUAUGGAAAGGUCUUUUGCCGGAGUGCAUAACCUUUUCAACAUCAUAAAAUUCAUAUGGCAGUGCAACCUUUUGAUCUUGAAAUGGCUCUGAAGAGCAAAACACUCUCUUGAUAUCAGAGAAUUUAUACCAGAGUGAAAUUUCAUGAGUAUAAAGUUUUAUUAUAGUAAUUCUUAUCAGAAGUAUUUGAGCCAAAAUACAUAGAUAAUUCACUCAAAAAUUUAGAACUUAAACCUAAAAGAAAAUCUUCAAGAUCUGGCUAUUCCAAACUUUCUUUUUCUUAAGCCCCCACUCUUUUCCCUUAUUAUGAUUACAGAAAGUGUCUUAGAUGAUUCACUGAGAACAUUAAGUGCUCCUUCCCUCAGUUUUUUGAUUCUAAGCUUCUGAGAAUCAUCACUGAUUUCUUCUUCUUCUUUUUGGUCGAUGAGACUAAAUAUACUCCGUGUGUGCCCUUUAUCCCAUUUUCUCCCACAUAUUGCAGGCCCUUCCUCUAGCACACACUCCUCCCAUGUGCUUUAUUUCUCUCCCCUCUUUGGCUCCUUAUCACUUGGCUAUAAAUAUGUUAUUCUCCUUUUAUGUUUAUGUUUUUUUUCCCCACUCUUGGUAAUUUAGUGAAUUCUUAAAAGUCUUGUCAACUCCAGUUGUUUGAAUGGGAAGGGAGAGCAUCCUACCUCUUCCUUGCCUUUCCAGCACUGUCCUGAGGUGUGUCAGAUAAUCAAUUAUGGGGUGACUUUCGUUAUUCAAUAGAGCAGGACUGUUGUGCUACUGGAAGCCACCUGACAGUGGCUGCUGGAGAUCCAAUCCAGACCUGCAGAAUGGUCUCCUCAAGGAGACUUAAGAGGUAGCUGCUGUUCUCUGACCUCUCUAAGAGGCUGUUGCAUGUCUGACCUCUCUCCUCUUCCCUCUGCCUCCAUUUUGUCUCAUUCCCAGUCCACAACACUUGUGUCAGCAAAGGCUGCCCCGCAACUCCUUCAGAUGCUAUGAUCCACAGCUGUGGAGGCUUUCAGAGAAUUGACCUGUCCCUUAACACCAUAGGAACAUCUUGAUUCAACGAUGCCUUUGAGUGGUCAUAGGGAUUGGACAAAAGAGACAUUCUAUUCAUUUUAUUAAGACAAGUUCCUUUCACUGAGGAAGCUCCCAAGAGGACAUUGUGUCAUGCUUGAGGAUAAGGCUAAGACAGAGCCUUAGACCCUAGGAGGAGAGAACAGGACGGUAAAAAUAGGGCCGAGUUUAAAAAGAAGGCAAUUUCUGGAGUUUUCUUCUUUGACUUUGCUUCCUCUGUUUCUUCUCCUUGUUGAGUGCUGAGGGCUUAGAAGGCUUUCACUAUUUCCUGCUGGCAACUACAGUCGUUGGCUCUUUCCCCUUCUUUCCCUUAAAGUAGCAAGGUCUUAGAUGGAGAAACAAGUAAGCAAAGAGAUGCCAUUGUCCUUCUGAUCCAGCACAACUUGCACAAUGUAGAAAACAAGAAUUCUGCCUCCUCCUUUGAAGUGAGUUGAUGUGGAGCAAGCCUGGAUCUUAGCACUUGAGAGAUUGUUGGUGGUAGAUCUUUCAGACCUAGAUCCUAGAAUCAUUAGCUCCUUUUUACUUUCUUCUGUUUGAUAGGAAUAUAAGGACUUGGCUCAUUCCCUUGAAAGAGCUCCCUUGAAUGGCCAGGAAAGCAGGGUUUUCUAUAUCCUCUUCUCUUGUCUCCCCAAUGGGCUAAGGAGUACUUCUUGACAAGCUAACAAUCAGUUUUGAACCUCUUCAGAAAUCAUUGUGUGUCAUAUUUAAAAUCAUUGUUAGUGAUUUUAAUCUCAUCAUGUUAGAGGGCACUUCUGAUAGUUUUCGUCUGAGUUAGAAAUUUCCACUUAGGGUCCCCAUUAAAUAUUUCCAUUAGGUAAAAUUGUGUUUUUAUUGAGAUUUUACUUAGAGUAGGAGUACCAGAAGUCCCUGAGAAUGCUGACCCUUCCCAGUUCUGCAAUGUAACUGGCUUGUUAGUGGUGUUAAUAAAAAUAAAAUGUGCAGAUAGUAAUAGUAACAGUUUAACUCCUUAACAUUUGCAAAGUGCUUCAUAAAUGUCAUCUCCUUUAAUCCUCACAACAACCUUCUGAUGUGGGUUCUGAAUCAGAGAGAGCUAAGAACCUGCUGAGGAUCCCACAGCAGAAAGAAAUACCUGAGCUAAGAUGGGAGCCCAAGCCAUGCUAUUUAAUCUAAGCCUGGUCGCCUGGGCCACUGAAGGAUAAAUACAUCUCUUCCUCAAGUUAUGUCCCAUUACUUUGUAAGUUUCUUUGAGAGCAGGGACAAUUGCAAAAGAAAAUUAGACAGUGCUUGGGUAUCUUAAGAGUUCAAGCGUCUGGAUAUGAUGAACUCUGUAGGGUUGUUACCCUUUUCUAUCCUGUACCACUUUGGCAGUUUGGUGAAGUCUUUGAAUCACUGUCCAUUAUAAGGAAUCCUGGAUACAGCCAGGAAGAUCUGAGUUCAAAUCACACCACACAUACACAUUUCUGUCUGCCUGUUUCUUCAGCUGUAAAAUGAGAAUAAUAAUAACACCUACUUCCCAGAGUUAUUGUGAAGAUAAAAUAUAAUAAUAUAAUAUAUAAAUAAGAUUUAAGAGUGCUUUGUAAACAUUAUAGUGUUAUCCAUGUUAACUGUUCGUUGUUGUUAAAAUAAAACAAUUGCAAAG